AUGUCCAAAGAGUCAGCAGAUCCAACAAUUGCUCUUGUGACUGGGGCAAACCAAGGAAUCGGCUAUGAGGUUGCAAAACGGUUAUCUUCUGAGUACCCAAACUUUCAUGUAUUUAUGGCGGGAAGACGGCAGGAUGCUGUUGAAAAGGCGGCCGCCGAGCUUCAGAGUGCAGGACUCAACGUCGAGCCUCUGGUAAUGGAUAUUACGUCCGACGACAGCAUAGCAUCGGCCGUGGAAAAGGUCCAAGCUAAAUUUGGACACCUCGACGUACUCAUCAACAAUGCUGGUAUCUUGUCGGGCAAGCCAGAGGAUUCAAUUCGGCAAAGACUCACAACCGUUUACAACACCAAUGUAUUCGGUUCGAUCGCCGCCACGGAGGCUUUCAUGCCUCUUCUUCAUAACUCCUCAAAGACGCGUCGUGUUGUAUUCGUUAGCUCUCGUCUGGGGAGUCUUGCCGUUCGGACUGAUUCAGAAAUAGGGUAUCCUCCUAUUGAGUUACUGGAAUAUGGCUCAAGCAAAGCUGCGCUUAAUCAUGCAGCAAUGACCUUUGCUGCACGAUUCAGAAACGACAACUCAUGGAAGGUCAACGUCUGUUGCCCUGGUCACUGUGCGACCAACAUGAGCGGUUACACGGGCAUUGACGAAGCAUCAAUUGGCUCUAUCCAGGCAGUGAGAUUGGCGACGCUGGAUUCCAAUGGAGUAACUGCAUCCUUCUCGGACAGACAUGGACCGGCACCAUGGUAG